ACACGCCAAUCCGCGGCUCGGUGGAGGGGAGCUCGGGCCCCCGGCCUCUAUUUACUCUUUCAAUCAGUGCGAGUGUUUGCCCCUGGCCGGCGUGCACGCGCGGGUGAUGCGCUAGCCAUGAUCUCGCAGAAGUUAUCGUACGGCGACGUGCCGACGUCGGCGUCGUUGUCCUCGCUGUCGCCGGGCCUCGCGCCGCCCUAUGUGAACGGUAUGGGCUGCAUGCCGACGCAGCCCUAUCCGAACCUAUACUCCAACAACAUGGUGGCCGGCGGCUCGUGCAUGGGCUCGCCCAGCGUGGGCUACUCGCCGCCCAGCACGAUGGCAUCAUGUAUGGGCGGCGGCGGUGCUGUGCCCUACGGCUCCUUGCCGCGCGAACAGGAGGCGGCCUCGCCUACAUCGGCGCUGCAACGUGCGCGCAACGACAAGACUUACCGCCGCUCCUACACGCACGCGAAGCCACCAUACUCCUAUAUAUCGCUCAUCACGAUGGCCAUCCAGAAUAACCCGUCCCGCAUGCUCACGCUGUCAGAGAUCUACCAGUUCAUCAUGGACCUGUUCCCAUUCUAUCGACAGAACCAACAGCGCUGGCAGAACUCCAUCCGGCACUCGCUCUCCUUCAACGAUUGCUUUGUAAAAGUGCCGCGCACGCCCGACAAGCCGGGCAAAGGUUCUUUUUGGACGCUGCACCCAGAUAGCGGGAACAUGUUUGAAAAUGGCUGCUUCCUCAGACGACAGAAGCGAUUCAAAGAUGAAAAGAAAGAAUCGAUCAGACAGGCGCAGAAAGCGCAGCACGGACACGGGCACCACGGUAGUUCACACGAGAAACGUAGCGAACAUUCGCACGAAAAGAGCGCAGGCGGCGGCCCGGGUGGCGAGGACAAGGAGAUGCGCGAUGAGCUCUUGGCGCAGCUGCACGCGGCGCCCGAGCUGUGCUUACCGGAACACACGCCUCUGGCUCUCGAGCAUUACGCGCAGCUGAAGCAAGAGCCAAGCGGGUACGCGCCAGCGCAGCAUCCCUUCAGCAUCACGCGGCUGCUGCCUGGCGCCGACACCAAGGCGGACCUCAAGAUGUAUGACGUGAACUACGGGUACGGACACUCGCCGGCGGACAACUACUACCAGUCGCCCCUGUACCACCAUCACCAUGCGCACGCGCAGCCGCCCUUGUGACAGUAUCCGCUGGCGUAGGCGCCGCGGCGAGUGCCUGCCUGGUGCGUGCCCCACGAGGAGCCCACCGCACCCUAGCUGCGCUGUAGCCGCGCCGCCAUCGCCGCGCCGACCAACAAGCCUCAUCUGUAAAUCUCAUAACUGAUAUUGGACUCCGAGUGAGCGAUACGUGUUCUGGUGAUAUUAUAGAAGCGUCGCGCGAUCCUCGCCCCCAGCGUGUUUGUAUAUUGUGUAAAUAUUUACGACUGUUUUCAACGAGUCCAUUAUUGUGUGCGUUUUAUUAUUAGGUAGAUGUUUAGUGCACGGUGGACGCUGGUGAGUCUCGGGGCGGGCGUCGCGACGACUGUAUAGGCCUAAAUCUAAUGCGGAACUUCUGAGAAAGUGUCCUUUGUAGUCAUUAAUACUGAUUCUCGUUUGCACAUAACACUCAAAACAAACUUAGAUAACGUGUUUAAAUUCAAUUAAAACAAAGAAACCGUAAAAAAGUGAAAUAAUAUAAUACCGUUCGAAAUUACAACUUUGCCCGCCCAAGCUGUCGGACAUCGAAUAUGAUAUAAUAAUGGCGUAAGUGAUGCGAUCAAUACGAUACCGUUAUCAGCGUUUAUGUUUAUCUAUUGAUUGUUUUGAUAUACAAAAUAUUAUUUGUGUAACGCGUUGAAGUCUUUUACAUCGUCUUAAGUAAACAACUGUCGUCUCUACAUUUCGAAAAUAUCCGAAUUUAAACAAACAUUAAAAAAAUAUAACAUAAUUCAUACUUUAAAAUUACUCCGUGUAAAUAAAUGUCCUCUUCGUAGCGACGAAUUACUAUAUUUUUAUUCAUAGUGUUAUGUACAAAAGAGAACUUAUGUGACAUCAUAUCGUGGACUAUCGAACUGUGCAAUGUCGUUUGUGUAACAAAUUGUGUAUAAUACAAAUAUAUAUUAUAUAAUUAGAUAGGCGAAAAUGGAAUUUAAUUUCUGUCAUCGACCAUCGCAUUUAGGAGUGUAGAUAAGUUUUUGUACAUAUAGAUUAUAAGUUAAAUACAUGUGACUUCUAAAUACAAUGGAACCUCAAAUAUCCGAAACUUAUACAAAAUUUUAACUAUCAGAACUCAGUGGUGUACUUUUUAAUUAAACUAUUUUAAAAUAGCAUCUAUUAUUGUGAUAAUAACUUUAAUGUGUUGUAGCACCAUUUAUUGUAUAUACGCAAAAUAUCCGAAUAUCCGACCGAAGUGUAUCUCAUUUAUUUCGGAUAAUCGAGGUCCCAAUGUAACGGUGUUUGGUGUAAGAUAGGUACCUAUCUCGGCUUCUGCACAUUCCGUACGAAUAUAUAUUUAUGUGCAAGUUUUAAUUUAGCAUAUCAUCUUGAAUGGCGAUCGUGUGCGGUAAGUCAUAGUGGUCAUUUUCGUAUAUCAUGAAUUUUGAGUUAUUUAUUUUUUAUAUUUUCAAGAGGGUAUUUGUGGUGGUUUAACCAAAAUAUGUAAUUAUUUAGUGUUUUAAAAGUUGAGUAACUAAUAACAGUGGGGUAAAAUAUACAUUUCUUUUUUAAAUAUCUCAUGUAUAUAAUCUAUGAUUUUAUUCAAAGUAACGUGUUGAAAAAAUAUGACAUUCUCAUUUUAUAAAUUAUGACUUUAAAGUGGGAAUAAAUUAACAGCAAAACAAUGAAUAAAACUUUACUUGUUACAAAAACAAAAACGUAAUUUUUGUAAACUACAUAAAUAUUGUAAAAAAAUAAAAACCUCCAAUCCUAAUACAACAAUAGUAUUAAUUAAUGACAAUUUCACAUUAUCCAUCUAUAUCACGAAUAAUUAUAAACAUUUUAUUCCAAUAAACAAUAGAAAUUAGCCGUAAAGUGCAAAUUUAAAUGACAAAAUAUUACAAAUGUUAUAUAACGAAGUACGAGUAACCAAUAUCAUGGCCGAUCAAUUGACAGCACAAAAUAAGCCUAAUGAUAUGACACAGACAAAGGUUACCGAAAUUCAAGUAACCACGUUUGCCUUGAAUCACUCAUAUUUAGUACACACCUUGAAUAUUUAACCUUUAGUUAGCGUUGCACAAUAGUUAACGUGUCACAUCCCGAGCUGUGGAUCUUCUUAACUCAGAGAUCAAUAUUUAUAUCUCCAAGCAAAUAUAUAAUAAAGCUUAUAACUAUUAGUUUCAUAAAAUGGUUUUUGUAUUAUAAUGGUAAGAUCAUCUUUUAAGAUAGAACCUCAAUAACUACAUCCUACUGAGGUCACUGGAGGUAGUCCCAAACAUCUUACAGAUGGAAUGUAGGUGGAGCGAAGUCAAGAUUUUGAGAAAAUUCAAAUCUAACUUGCCUUUGAUAUCAAACCGGGUUCCAAAUUCUAUUGAAACAAAUGCUUGUUGAUAGACGAUUUGUGAAUUAAACACAAAGGAAAAUUGUAAUGGAACCACUUUUUAGGGAAUUAUUUAUAAUAAUAACACUACGUCACAUUUCUUCAUAAUCUACCUUAGUAAGAUUACUAAUUACUUGCAUAUUUUGUAAAUUAUCAAUACGAAUUAUACUAUAAGUUCCUUUCAAAUUCCUCCUUAUUUCAGAAGUCAAUUAUUUUUACUAUUUAACUUUUUUUGAACAACCUACAGACCUGAUCGUCAAUUUUGAAUUAUUGUUUAUAGAAGAUAACUAGUAAAUAUUAGUAUUUUAUAAACUCCUAUAUUAGAUUCAAUUGUCCUAUCGAAGCAUUAUGUUUAAUAUUGGGAUUCUGGAAACAUAAAAAGCUAUAAUAUUUAAUAAAUUUUCUAUGUUUAGCAAUUAAUUGACAUCAUAUAAUUUCAUCACUAUCGUGCUAAUUUCAUUUGUUUGUUUUUUUAUUGAUGACAUUAGAAUAUUUCAAUUAGUUAUUAAUAAAACCAGAGUCUUUGAUCUAUAUUUAUAUGUGUUUAGAGCAUUGACAAACAUAUUUUACAUCAUUUGGGACUCACAACCAUGUAUUAAAAUUAGUUAUAUUAUUACAAAAAUUUUUUACGUAAAAUCCUUAACCGAGUGGUAAAAUCAAUUAAAAUAUGUUUAGCAAUAAUCAGGACACUCAUAUUUUUAUUUAUGUCAAUAAAAUCUAAUUACUUUGAUUCCUAUUGUAAAAUUAUAAUAAAAGUUUUGGUUAACCACGUUAUACUAUUUAUGAUAUUAGAUAUGUAUCUGUACAUACUGCCAUGUGUAUAUCACUAUAUAUGUUUGUUUCCACACGAUCGCCAUUCCCUAAAUGUUAGCUCUAACAGCGUUAGUCAUGCUAAAUUCACUCUUGUGGCUAUAAAUAAAUAUUUAUUGUAUAACUCAAAUCUAGAUAGGAUACUUAUAUCAUCUGUUAGUUUCAGAGUUAAUAAAAUUAAGUAUUUACAAAAAAUA